CAUGGGGAGAAGCAAUGACAUGAGACCCUUCAGGAAAUCAUCCAGACCGAGAUGCUGAUUGAAGCUUUAAAAAAGGCAAUCCGAGACAAAGAGAACCCACUUAAAGUUGCCCAGACCCGCCUGGAAGAGAGGUCUCGCAGACCCAACGUCGAACUCUGCAGAGACAAUCCUCAUCACAGGCUGGUUACAGAGGUGAGGGAGAUUGAAGACACCAUUCAUAAACUGAGAGAGAGUCUGAUGGAGGCCGAGAACACUCUCCAGACCCUGGUGAAGACCAAAGUUGCUCUGGAGCAUGACCUGUCAAUCAAAGCCAACUCUCUGUUCCUGGAUCAGGAGAAGUGCAUGGGCACGAGGAAGAGCUUUCCCAGCACUCCUCGUCUGGUCGGAUACACCUAGAUCUCCCAGAAUCUUCUCCAAAAGCUGCAUAACUAUUAACCUAAAUCCAAACUUGAAUGUUUAAAAGAGAAACUACAAGAUUAGCAUCAGAACAGCUUUCUUCUUAGUCCUUUUAAUUAAGUGGACUGACAUCUUAC